GGAGCCUCAAGGCUGUGCCCAUCAAUUGCCUCAAUCCUCAAUUGUCAAGAUGACUAUCAACCCUACGUUCCUCGCUCAGCGCACUCGCUCCUCUGCCAACCUGGCCGAGGCGAAGCGUCGUGUUAUCCGGUCCUACAGAGAAUGGCUUAGAGCGUCCCCCGAGAUCCAGACUAUGUACUCCCUGGACAUGCCCGUUUCCGCUAUCCGGACGAAGAUUCGCCAGGAGUUCGAGAAGCACCGUUACGUCAGCCAAUUGAAUGUGAUCGACGUGCUGUUGUACCAGAGCCACGCCGAAUUCCAGGAAACCCUCAACUACUGGAAGCAGCUGUCGCACGUGAUGAAGUACUUCCGGCCGGAGGAGGAGCCCGGUGCUCGCCUCCCCCCCAACUUCAUCUCCGGCUUCUUGGAAGGCCGCAAUUGAUUUCAUGUUUCCCUUUUUUUUUCUUCAAAUUAUCCCGCAGCAUUGAAAGUGUUUUUUUUUAUCUUGUAUUCCUUCUAGUUAUGAGAACAACCCUGGGCUUAGACUCGUGAGCUGAUAGAUCCGGGUAGAGGG